CUCUCUGCGGCCAUGGUAACACUUUCCUCAACACCGGACCUCUAAAUCAACAAUAAACAUCUCAAACAGGUGCUUUUCAUGCAGCUGUUAUUCAGGAUGAAUUUGGCAGACAUAUGUGACAACGCCAAGAAGGGCCGUGAGUAUGCUUUGCUGGGGAACUAUGACUCCUCCAUUGUUUACUACCAGGGCGUCAUCCAGCAGAUCCACAAGCACUGUCAGGCCCUCAGAGACCCUGCACUCAAAGUCAAAUGGCAACAGGUCAGGCAGGAACUGACUGACGAGUAUGAGCAGGUGAAAGGCAUCAUGGGAACACUCGAGAGCUUUAAGUCUGAAAAGCCAGUUGACAUACUUGCCCCUCAAACUGAGGAGAGACCCGAGGAUCCAGCAGUGUGGCCUCCUCCCACCCCUGCAGAACACCGGAAUCCUAUUGCAGUGAAGCGCCCCAAUAGUGCAGUGAAGCAGCAGAGGAAGGAAUCUCCGGGUCUGCAGCAUCGAGGACCAGGAGGCCGCGGUCAGGCCAACCCCAAACCAGACCGGCCGGGUUUCAGAGACGCCCGAGGCACAAAAGCAAAAGACGAUAAGGGCAAGAAAGGGGUUGGAGACACACCAGGGGAUGUAGAGCAGAAGAAGUUUGAUGGCACUGGACAUGACAGCGACCUGGUGGACUCACUGGAGAGAGAUAUUGUGUCCCGUAACCCUAACGUACACUGGGACGACAUUGCUGAUCUGGAAGAUGCCAAGAAGUUGCUGAGAGAAGCGGUGGUGUUGCCCAUGUGGAUGCCAGACUUCUUUAAGGGCAUCCGUCGCCCCUGGAAGGGUGUGUUGAUGGUCGGCCCUCCCGGGACAGGCAAGACCAUGUUAGCCAAAGCUGUGGCCACAGAAUGUGGGACUACUUUCUUCAACGUAUCGUCCUCAACCCUGACCUCAAAGUACAGGGGCGAGUCUGAGAAACUUGUUCGUCUGCUGUUCGAAAUGGCCCGGUUUUAUGCACCGACAACCAUCUUUAUCGACGAGAUCGACUCCAUCUGUGGCAGAAGAGGAACAUCUGAUGAACACGAAGCCAGCCGCAGGGUCAAAUCAGAGCUCCUGGUUCAGAUGGAUGGUGUCGGGGGAGCUCUGGAGAAUGAUGACCCCUCUAAGAUGGUGAUGGUCCUCGCUGCCACCAACUUCCCUUGGGACAUCGAUGAGGCGUUACGACGACGGCUCGAGAAGCGUAUCUACAUCCCCCUCCCCACAGCUGUAGGUCGUGUAGAGCUUCUGAAGAUCAACCUGCGGGAGGUGGAGGUGGCCCCUGACGUGGACCUGGACCUAAUUGCUGAGAAGAUUGAAGGCUACUCUGGAGCGGACAUCACCAACGUCUGCAGGGAUGCGUCCAUGAUGGCAAUGCGUCGUCGAAUCCAAGGCCUGAGCCCGGAGGAGAUCCGAGCUCUGUCCAAAGACGAGCUGCAGAUGCCCGUGACCAUGGAGGACUUCACCCUCACGCUCAAGAAGAUCUCAAAGUCCGUCUCUGCUGCCGACCUGGAAAAAUACGAAGCCUGGAUGGCUGAGUUCGGGUCAGUAUAGAGAACUGCACCGUUUAGACUCACAGGGACCAAAACAUUAAAAGGAAGUAUUUGAAAAUGAUGAAAGCCUUGAAGACGACUUAGAAGCGUAGUGACCUCUAGUGUGUGAGCCGGGCAGCACAUCAGGGAUCAAGCUGAUACCUGCGCUCAUGUUCACAUCAGAAGACAGGUGCCUUUGUGAGAGCAUGAUGAGAACUUUGAGUGGCUUCACUGCUGCCCUGUCACACACGCUUGCUCCGACACAAUUGUCCAUGUAGAGACUAUCAAUCGUCCAGCUGCUGACUGACUUCAGUGACCUGAGGAAGAAAGGGGAACUUUUAAUUUAAAGAAAAGUAGCCUAAUUCACACAGGUAGACCAGGGAAUGCACUCUAGUUUUACUUAUGUUAGGCCUUGUGCAAGAAUUUUUGUACCCUCUUACUUUUUUUAAGCUUGUUUGUAUUGUUUUUUUUGUCAGAUCCACUGACUAAACAACCACAUUCCUCUUUUCAGAUGUUUACAAGUAGGUGAGCGUUUAUGCAAUUUCAUCAUUUGGAUAAUCAUUGUUUCUAAGAAUGCUAUAAAAUGUUCUGCUCCAUUCAUGGGGAAGUUUUUCUCAAAAAUAUAUUAGCAGUCUAAGUAAAAAUGAGAAUAACACACCUCUGAGCUUCACAUCCUGCAGUCAGAAAUGUACAGUGGCCAACAGGGGCCAAAGUUAAGACCUUGAUUGAUCUUAAAAUGUCUUAAUAAAGUCUUAAAAGUGCUAAGACAUCAAAGGUACGAUCUUAUGAAUCUAUUUUUCUGACAUUGAAAAUGACACAACUAGCAUUGCUGUCACCCAAAUGUCACGUUUUAUAUUAAAGUAAAUAUUUGGGCAAAAAUUACCCAGAGUCUUAAGUAAUUGGUGUCAGGUCUUUUUAUUUUCUUAUUUUUUUCUCUCCCAGUUAUAGUGAAAUCGGUCUUAAAAUGAAACCUGAAAACAACCCUUUCUGUAAAUGUGGCAAACCAGACAAGUUUUCCUGAAGAAUAAGAAAAGAACAAAUCAAAUCUGUUAGUACAGUGAUUCUUGCACGAGGCCUUUUUGUCUGUAUGUUUUAGCACUUUUAAUGUAUUUCCUUCAUGAGCUCAUGUGCUUACUACUGACUGAACACACUUGAAGAACCACAAUGACUGUGUUAUAUGGUGUCUGAUGAUGUUUUGUGUUAUGUUGGUGUGUUUUUUGUAUGUUUUAAUAUUUGUUUUCAAUUUUAGGUCUGCUCUAAGAAUGUAGUCAGGCUAAAAGAAAAUGGCCAUCAGAUCCAUGGAUUGUUUAUUAAAGGAUACAGUCAAUUUAUGCCUAAAAUCGCGCCCAAUUAAUGGUUCCUUUAUUUUAUGAAAAUAUAGAAUUGACCACCCAAAUGUGAGUCAGGUUCUUAACUAUGUUAUCCAUCACGUUGCAUGUUAAAUUUAUAAAUUAUUCCAUGAUGAGGAGGUGAUUGAAAUUAUUACCCUGAGACUUAAUUCUUGGAAAUAGUUUGACCAAAGAAAAUCUCAAGUCAAGGUCGUCUUACCAGCUUUUUCAUGGGCUUUAAACCGUCAACACCGCACCAUCGAGACUAAUCUGAAUCUUUUUAAGUCCACACUGAUAGUAGCCAUGCCAACAUACCUGUUUUUUUCGGGAUUUGAAUAAUGGAGCAGAGCAAAGUAAAACAAACGUCAAUGUCCGGAGAUAGCAGCGUGUAUCUUGUCUACAGCGGUCAUCACCGUUGUCGUUAUCACUCCUUAUUGGUUCUGGCGCACUGAUUGACAACACUUGAAAAAGGCUUGAAACGGUUGUUCUCCCUCCGCAGCAUUCACUGGAUCGCAUUUAAUUUUAACCAAAAAACAACCGUUUUAUGUCACGAUGCCAGACGAAUCAGUCAGCGUGAACUCAGCGGAGUGGGUGGAUUCUAAGAUCUGGAUUCAGGGAACUUAAAUCCAGCUUGAAAAAGAAAUCUUAAAAAUGCUACAGAUGACAUCACAACCUCUACAUCUCCAUGACGUCUGAGUGGACUCCAUGACGACCACAUGAUUGACCUCGAGUUGGGAUAGUUUUGUCAAACUAUUAAAUUAUUGUUUUGGUAUGUUAAACCUGUGAUGUCAGCUGUGACACAAAAAUACUUUAUUUUUUACGAUAUGAACAGUAUUUUGGCGAAAGAGUAAUUUAAAGACUCACUCGUGUCUUUAGAUCCAUAGCAGAAGCAUUUUAAGUUAAAUUGCAUAGAACAAUGUGCAUAUCUGUUUAUGUAUAUUUGGGAAUAUUGAAACAGCAUCAUAUGUACA